AUGUCGCAAAUCUUCAAAGCCGCUGUGCUGAUGGCGGUGGCGCUGUCGUCCUCCGUCAAGGGGGAGCGGGAGGAGGCCGUCCCUGCCGAGGACGACCUUCUCCUGCCGCUGGAGAGCCAGCAUUUGGCAAUCGUGGCCAAGGACGACCUUCAAGCCUCUGCCACGGGAUACGGGGGAUACGGAGGCGGAAGUUCCCACAAGGGCCACGGAGGCUACGGAGGCUCCCACUACGACCAGGGAGGCUACAAGGGCCACCAGGGAUACCACGCUGACAAGGGCCACAAGGGCAGCCACUACGGCGACCACGGCAAGGCGCACUACAGUGGUUACCAUGGCGACCAUGGCAAGCACUACAAGGGCCACGACGACAAGCACAAGUACUACGGCGACGCCCACAGCGGCAAGAAGGGAGGGAAGGGUCACCACUACGGCUCCAAGGGUCACCACAACAAAGGUCACAAGGACAAGGGCUUCAAGAAUGUGUACCACAAGGAGGAAUACGGCCACAACAAGAAGUUCUACGACGACCACGACGACAAGAAGUACCACAGCAACUACGACGACCUCGAUACCUACUUCAAGGCACACAAGGGCAGCGACUACAAGGGAGGCCACUACAAGGGUGGACAUCAUCAUGAUGCCCAUGGCCACAAGGGGCACCACGAGAAGGGCAAAUACCACGACGACCACGCAGGCCAUGAUGGCCACUACGGUGACAAGGGCCACUAUGGCCACAAGAGUUCCUAUGGCGACCAUGGUGGACACAAAGCUCAUUAUGGUCACGACGAUCAUAAGGGAUAUGGCCAUGGCGGCCACGGUGGUGGAUAUGGAGGUGGGCAUGGUAGCGGAUAUGGUCAUGGACAUGGUAGCGGAUAUGGCCAUGGUGGCCAUGGAGGUGGUUACAGUCAUGGCGGACACGGUGGAGGCUACGGCGCCCACUCCACCGUCCAGGUCGUCCACCAGGCGGCGCCCAAGAGCUUCGCGUCCUUCGGCGACUUCGCCUUCGCAGGACACUGA